AUGCGCGAGUUCACCAUCAUCCUCGUCCUCGUGGCAUCGCUCGCAGCCGCAGCCCCGGUCAGCGACUCGUCUUUAUCCCGCGAGCUCGAGGCGAGAAGCUCGAACGAGGCCAACAUCCCCGACAGUACCGACGGCACCGCGCUCGCCGCCCGCGGGCCGUCCGGCAUGGCGGUCAGGUGCUUUCAGCAGCCCGGGUGCACCGGACCAGAGAUUGGGCACUCGCCCGACAAGUAUGACUAUCCCCCCGGCUCGUGGUACGCCUUCGCGAUCAUUAUCCCGCGCUUUCGCCAAAUCAGCUGCCAGCUCGACACUUGGGAGGGAUGGGCCGGCGAAAUGUACCUCAUCAGAGGGGGCUCGCCCAACCUAUUCGAGGGCAAUCGUAUCUCGGGCUCCACCAGCUCCCCCGGCGCCGGCCAGUACUGUGUCGACAUGGCGGAUAGCGAGGCCGCCCUCGCUUGGCCGUCCGAGAAUACCAAGGUUGUGGCUAUUACACACAGGUUUUAG